CAUUGUACCGCCCUCGCCCACGCUUGUGUUCUAGAAGAGUCGACGUGGGAUAUAUACAAUUUUUGAGACUUUUUACUGUAACAACGUCGUGAUAUCUUGCUGUAAAUAUCAUCAUGGUGAAGGAGACAAAGUAUUAUGACGUACUUGGCGUCAAUCCGAGCUGUACAGAGUCAGAAUUGAAAAAAGCUUACAGAAAACUAGCUCUGAAAUACCAUCCGGACAAGAACCCAGACGCAGGAGAUAAAUUCAAAGAAAUAUCCCAGGCGUACGAGGUUCUCUCGAAUCCCAAAAAACGCGAAACGUACGACCAACACGGAGAGGAUGGAUUGAAAGGAGGCGGUGACACCGACGGAUUCUCGUCUCCCAUGGAUAUCUUUGAUAUGUUCUUUGGGGGUGGACGUAAGCAGCGUGAUGCAAGGACAAAGUCAGUGUAUAAUCAAAUGAGGGUUUCUUUGGAAGAUUUAUAUAAUGGUGCAACACACACAUUGCCCUUCAACAAGCAAGUCAUCUGUACUGAAUGCAAGGGAAUAGGAGGGAAAGAGGGUUCGGUGAAACAAUGUGAUACGUGCGGUGGAAGUGGAAUACAUGUUCAGUAUCGACAACAUAUGUUGGGAUUAGUACAACAGGUUCAGUCACACUGUCGAAAAUGUAGUGGCACGGGAGAAGUCAUCAGAGAGAAAGAUCGAUGUAAGUCGUGUAGAGGACACAAAACUGUGACCCUAAAGAGAAGUCUUGAAAUCCAUGUUGACAAAGGAAUGGAAGAUGGUCAAAAGAUAACAUUUAUGGGCGAAGCAGACCAGCAACCAGGGAAAGAACCUGGUGACAUUGUUAUCAUAUUGGAUGAAGAGCAACAUAGAACGUUCAAGCGGCAAGGCACAGAUCUCCGUAUAGAGAUGGAGAUCAGUUUAGUCGAAGCUUUGUGUGGGUUCCAGAGACCCAUCACACAUCUAGAUGAACGGGUGCUGGUCAUCUCAAGACAUCCCGGAGACGUCAUCAAGCAUGGCGACGAGAAGGUGGUGUUGAAUGAAGGCAUGCCACAGUAUAAGAACCCUUACGAGAAAGGCAGAUUGAUUAUCCGUUUCAAUGUGAAAUUUCCUUCACCCGGGUUUGUUGAAAUAAGUCAGUUACCAUUAGUAGCAGAACUCCUGCCGCCCCGUAAACCGGUGCCGCCUGUAGAAGACGACGUGUUGGAAGUCGAUUUAGUUGAUAUCACCCCUUCCAUGGGGCGUCGUGUUAAUUAUGAUGAUGAUGAUGACGACGACAGACGAGGUCAUACGGUUCAAUGUCAGCAACAGUGAGUUUUCGGCUGUCGUAGGUCAUAACAGGGUUAUCAGUUCGUAUAUGUGGGAAGAUUACCGUAGGAGACUGAAAGGUUAGGAAUUGGUAUCUUGUUACUACGUGCUUCUGUAUUUGAGUGUGAAUGGUAAUAGAGUAAGUGUCAAACUGGU